AUAUUUUCACAGCUGCGUAACCGGUAAAUUGAAAGAACCAAGACUAUUUGAAAAAAAUCAAAGAAGAAAAAAAUAUAAAGAUUCUUUGAACCUAACCUAUGAUUUAUUGUUUGUGUUUGUAUUCCCACAGAAAUUGUACUAAAAAAAAUUGAUAUCGAUUAAUUAUUAUGAGUGUUGAUGUUUUAUUAAAAUCACCAUCUGAAAUGAAGAGGGAUCAAGAAAAUGGUUCUGAACCUUCAGCACCUGUUACUAAAAAAGGUAUACUCACCUCUUUUAAAUCUGGCAAACAGAUGGGUAUACCUGAGUCCGAUUUAUUAGGACAAUGCCGAUUUGUAUCUGAAUUCGAAAAACUAAACAGAAUUGGAGAAGGUACUUAUGGCAUUGUAUACAGAGCUAAAGACACUGUUUCUGACAAAAUUGUUGCCCUGAAGAAAGUACGAAUGGACCAAGAGCGAGAUGGUAUACCAGUCAGCAGCUUGAGAGAAAUUCAAGUUUUAUUGAACUGUAGGCAUGAGAAUAUCGUGCAUUUGAAGGAAGUUGUAGUUGGUAAAAGUCUAGAAAGUAUUUUUCUUGCAAUGGAGUAUUGUGAACAAGAUUUAGCAUCUCUAUUAGACAAUAUGCAAGCCCCUUUCACCGAAUCCCAGGUAAAGUGCAUAAUGCUCCAAGUUUUGAGAGGUUUGAGAUAUUUGCAUCAUAACUUUGUGGUACACAGAGAUCUGAAAGUUUCCAAUCUGCUUAUGACAGAUAAAGGAUGUGUUAAAAUAGCAGAUUUUGGUUUAGCCAGAUGGUUUGGGGUACCUUUGAAACCGAUGACUCCUCAUGUUGUUACUCUGUGGUAUAGAGCUCCAGAAUUAUUACUCGAAGCCCCAACUCAAACUACUAGUGUUGAUAUGUGGGCAGCUGGAUGUAUUCUUGGAGAAUUAUUAGGCCACAAACCUCUUUUACCUGGACGUUCGGAAAUCCAACAAUUGGAGCUUAUUGUUGAUUUAUUGGGAACACCAUCAGAUGCAAUCUGGCCUGGCUUUAGCCAGUUGCCAGCUCUCCAAAACUAUACGUUAAAACAACAGCCAUACAAUAACUUAAAACAGAGAUUUCCAUGGUUAUCUGCAGCAGGUUUAAGGCUUCUUAAUUUUCUUUUUAUGUAUGAUCCUAGAAAGAGAGCUACAGCAGAAGAGUGUUUGCAGAGCAGUUAUUUCAAAGAGCCCCCUCUUCCUUGUGAUCCAAAACUCAUGCCCACUUUUCCUCAACAUCGGAAUAUUAAAAGUAGUAAGACCUCUGAUGUUAACACAGGAGCUGGGGACCAAACUAAUAACCUUCCUGCUAUAUCCGACCUUCUGGGUUCAUUGGUCAAAAAGAGGAGAAUAGAAUAGUUUUUUAAAUACUGUAAUUGAUUUUAGGUUCAAUAUAACAAAAAUUCUGUAUCACUUUAAGUAUGUGUGAAUAAAAUUUGAAUGAUCGAA